GGCCUCGCCUGAGCGCGGUCAGCUCAGCCGAGGCGCCCGCCCCCGCCGCUUAAAUGGGCCGCCUAGACGCCGGGCCCCGGAAACGCUCGCGCGCUGCAGGACCGUGAGUACCGCGGGCGCCGACGGCGGAGCGCAGACAGCACCAUGGCAGAGCAGGUGGCCCUGAGCCGCACCCAGGUGUGCGGGAUCCUCCGAGAAGAGCUGUACCAAGGCAAUGCCUUCCACCAGAAGGACACACACAUAUUCAUCAUCAUGGGUGCUUCGGGCGACCUGGCCAAGAAGAAGAUCUACCCUACCAUCUGGUGGCUCUUCCGGGACGGCCUCCUGCCCCAAGACACCUUCGUCGUGGGCUAUGCCCGCUCGCGCCUCACGGUGGCCGACAUCCGCCGCCAGAGCGAGCCCUUCUUCCGGGUGAACCGCGACGAGGAGCCCAAGCUGGAGGAGUUCUUCGCCCGCAACUCGUACGUGGCCGGCCAGUACGACGACCCUGCCUGCUACCGGCGGCUCAGCGAGCACGUGGGCAGCCUGCGGCAGGGCCCGCGCUGCAACCGCCUCUUCUACCUGGCGCUGCCGCCCACCGUCUACGAGAGCGUCACCAGGAACAUCCACGCCGCGUGCCUGAGCCACACAGGCUGGAACCGAAUCAUUGUGGAGAAGCCGUUCGGGAGAGACCUGCAGAGUUCGGACCAGCUGUCCGACCACAUCUCGUCGCUCUUCCGCGAGGACCAGAUCUACCGCAUCGACCACUACCUGGGCAAGGAGAUGGUGCAGAACCUCAUGGUGCUGAGGUUUGCCAACAGGAUCUUCGGGCCCAUCUGGAACCGCGACAACAUCGCCUGCGUGAUCCUCACCUUUAAGGAGCCCUUCGGCACCGAGGGCCGCGGCGGCUACUUUGAUGAGUUCGGCAUCAUUCGGGACGUGAUGCAGAACCACCUGCUGCAGAUGCUCUGCCUGGUGGCCAUGGAGAAGCCUGCCUCCACCGACUCCGACGACGUCCGGGAUGAGAAGGUCAAGGUGCUGAAGUGCAUCUCAGAAGUGCAGACCGACAACGUGGUUCUGGGCCAAUACGUGGGGAACCCCAACGGAGAGGGAGAGGCCAGCAAGGGGUACCUGGAUGACCCCACGGUGCCCCGCGGCUCCACCACAGCCACCUUCGCGGCCGUCGUCCUGUACGUGGACAACGAGCGGUGGGAAGGGGUGCCCUUCAUCCUGCGCUGCGGCAAGGCCCUGAACGAGCGCAAGGCCGAGGUGCGGCUGCAGUUCCGGGACGUGGCGGGCGACAUCUUCCAGCAGCAGUGCAAGCGCAACGAGCUGGUCAUCCGCGUGCAGCCCAACGAGGCCGUGUACACCAAGAUGAUGACCAAGAAGCCCGGCAUGUUCUUCAACCCCGAGGAGUCCGAGCUGGACCUCACCUACGGCAACAGAUACAAGAACGUGAAGCUGCCCGACGCCUACGAGCGCCUCAUCCUGGACGUCUUCUGCGGCAGCCAGAUGCACUUCGUCCGCAGCGAUGAGCUGCGCGAGGCCUGGCGCAUCUUCACUCCACUGCUGCACCGCAUCGAGCGCGAAAAGCCGCAGCCCAUCCCCUAUGUUUACGGCAGCCGAGGCCCCACGGAAGCAGAUGAGCUCAUGAAGAAAGUGGGCUUCCAGUACGAGGGCACCUACAAGUGGGUGAACCCCCACAAGCUGUGAGCCCCGGCCCCCACCCCGCCCCCUCCCCACCCCCAGCCACCCCUCUGUCUCUGUCUUGUACACCACCCGACUCCAUGUCGGGAGGACUUUGGGACCACAGGCCUCCCCUCUCCACUCAUUGCUGCCGCCGCCAAGACCACUCCAGCCUGGGACUUCUGCGGGAGCCGGCCAGCUCUGCCGCAGGGACCAUCCCGUCUGCCUGCUGCAGCCCUGUGGCGCGGGCCCAGAGCCCGCAGAGAGGCCGCGGGCCAAGGCACACUCCUUGCUGGCUGUGCGCGAGCUCCGGGGGAAGGUGACCUGCGCGUGUCUACGUGGGAGGACCUCCGCUCCAGCACACUGGCCUCGGGGCCGCUCCACAUUCCUCACCUCCAGCCACGAGGGCCUUGUGCCGCUGGACAAUGGCUAAGACCCCUGCACUCCACGGUCACCCCCACCUUGGGCCCUUCCACCCAAGUCCCUGCCAUUAAAUUUGCAAAUAGC